UAAAGCAACCCGUUUUCUAUUCUUCUCCAGACCCACGAGGACUCAAUAGGAGAGCCGCAAAUCCAGAGAAUUUUUGAUUCAAGAGGAGGCUGGUUGAUCUCUUCAGGCCACCAAUUGUUGCUAGAGUAGCGUUGAUCCAAGAGGAGGCUGGUUAAUCUCUUCAGGCCACCAAUUGUUGCUAGAGUUGCCUUGAUGGCCGGCCAAGGUCGUUAUCUUGCUUCUACUCCUCCUCGUCCCGAUGUUUACGUACCGGUGCCGCGGCUCCGUCUAUGUGCUCCUCCCACGCUGGCUGAGUUAGCUGAAAGGGGUCUGCUGUCAACGAAGCCAACUUCCGGUCUAGUUCCGGCAGAUGAGUGGGAGUGCAAGAACAACAAGUAUCACACGGGCCGCAAGCCUGUGAUAAAUUACCCCACCAACAACCUCCUGCUAAACUUGCCACCAUUGUAUUGCACGGGGUGCAAAAGAACGAACCCUUUUGCCUAUGGUUGGAAAGUUCCUCUUUGCACACUGAACCACGUCCCGCUUCGUUUCCUCAUUCGCAACCAAGGAGAAUUCGACACCUGCGUGGCCCACGCGAUCCUUGCUGCUCUUGACAUGCAGAGGGGGGUGGACAGCGCUCUGUUCUCUGAAGCUGAAACCAAGCAGGCCCUGAACAUCCUGGACUUGUUCCACAAGUACAGCGACGUAUUUGGCGUACCAUUUUCGGAGGAACACGAGUCUCCUCACACCGAGCAUUUGGCUUUACACAGGGCAGCAUGCAUUUUCUUCCUCCUACAACAGUAUGGAGUGAAAUAUGCGGCCCCCAAAGCUGCCACCAUCCCACGAAGAGUACUACCGCAGCACCAUAUAGCCUUGCAGGUGUUAGAUGUGUUCCGCAUAAGCUCACUUAUGCUUGAGCACAUUGUCAUGCUGCUUGCUAAUGGCUUUGCCCUGGUCACUGGCCUCCCUACUGGGAGGGCGUUCACUUUCACUUCUUCGGGUGAGAUUUACGAUGCGGGCCUGUCGGAUGACAACCAUUUUUUGGUACUCAUAGGAUCUGGUGUAGCACAUUAUCCAGCUAACCCUAAUGAUGGGAAUGUCUUGUCAACCAGCAGCUGGCCCCCAAAUCCAUCUCGUAGGGGAUGGGGACCAAGGCUCUAUUUCUCAGCCAGAAAUUCGUGGAAGGAUUAUUCUCACCCGGAGGCUGCUCUUCUUGGCUACGGAGGAGACUUCAACAUAUGGGCGGAUCAGCUCGCUGGCGUAGAUCUCUGGGGGUUCCACCUCCCCCGCCCCCGCGGGUGAUUGCUAUCCUCGCAGCGCUGUGAGCUUGAGAGUACUGUAGCAAGUGUAUCCAAUGUAGUAGUAGCAGUAGUAAUUGUGUCUGUUUGCACUGCUCGAUUUUAGGCUUCUUUACUUAAUCAUGUAAAAUUGUAUCCCCGCUUGAUGUAGUAGCAGUAUAGUACUAUAGUGCUGUUUGCACUAGCUCGAAUUGUGCAUGUUGUCAUUAAACAUUGUACUAUUGAUAUUGUUGUAUCAGAUCUAUAUUAUUAUAACCCCGUUUAAUAUUGUAGUACCUCUUGAUAUUGGAGUGCGCGGAAUUCCCAUCGCCACAAUUAGGGCAUGUGCAUUAGUUCAGACGCCUACUGUCUGUAAAUUCCCUGCAGAUAAUCUGGAGAUGACGGUAAAAUACUCCCGGGAGAUUGAGGUGGCGCGGUGGCUGCUCCACCCCGGCUUCGCUUCGGAGCUGCGGCGGGGCGCGGCGCUCGAUCUAGAGGGAAGCGCCGCCGCCAAGCGGCACCAGGCGGAGGACUCCUCCGCGAGGCGCUCACGCAGCAGCAGUAGGAGGGCCUCCCCAAGUCCCGUGAGCAGCUCCCCUCCGACGUCCAAGCUGCCGCCGCAGCAGCCCGACGAUGAGGAGGACGUCGACGAGUUCGAGGGGAUGACGAUGCGGAGGACGUCGACGAGUUCGACGGCUUCGACGCGCAGAGCGAGUACGACUGCGGCGUGCCGGAGAUUGACGAGGAGGACGAGAAGGACGUGGCCGCCUUCAUGUCGAAGGACACCUCUUCCAAGCAAUCUCUUGGUGAUAUCAUUGUACAGGAGAUCAGAGAUAAGACGCCACCGUCUCAACAGUGACAGGUGUGGCAGUGUAUGCCUAAUAGGGCCUUUCAUGGAAUGUGCUCUCAUUGUUUACCAAAUCUGGAAUGCUAUAUGUGCUCCCAUUGUAGCAUUUCUACUUCAAGGAAAUGAAACCAGUGGUUAUGAGUCUUUGGAGCGCACCUUUGUUAUCUCUGGAGCUGUUAGUGCUGAUGUGCUGCUAAAGGUGAUGUAAACUUCGGUGAUGCUGGUACCUCUAGAUGUUGGCAAACAGGGUGAUGCUGCUACCUCUAAAUGUUGGCAGCGCAUCAUUUGAUUUGAUUAUCAGCCACUGCGUGAGGCUGCUCACCAUGCUCUGGAUCCACCUCACGCUCUUCCAAAACGGAUUCCAGAUCAUCUACUUCCUCUGGAUCCUGGAAAUUGAACUACUUCCCAUCUGUAUAUAUCAUCUCCUGCGUGUGAUCUGGAUUAUCUGGCUGAUAAUCGAUUCCAAUAAUGCACUGCGUGCAGUA